AAAGACUAAUGACUGGGUCGGGUGUGUGUAAACAAAUAUAUAACUAACAAGAAGAUCACACACGUUUCUAUUCACGCUAGAGCCAAACAUGACAGAAUUACGUAAACGAACAAAACCGUCAGUGGACCAGACCGGAUCGGAGAAACAUGCAACUAAGGAGAAUAAGAAACCAGCGUUCACACACCGGGAAUCAACUCUUACAGUAUUGAUAGAAGACUCCCUUCACAUACGUGCAAUAUACCACAUAUUUGUCGCUAUACUUAUCAUGUUAUUGAUCGAUACAGUCGUAUAUGACUUCAUAGAGCGCGGAAAGAUUAACAUAGGAUUGAACGCGAUUAAAUAUGGUUUUGGUGAAAUAAGUCGAGGCAUAAAGCUAUGGCUGUAUGAUUUAUCUGUAGCUCUCGCCUUUUAUCCAGCACUGAAAUUUUAUGGAGCUGGUGCAAUAUCAUUAAAAAAAUCACCAGGAUUACGACGAAUCUGGAGUGUAUUGGGAUUAUUUGGACUCAUUGGAAUAGAGAUUUUGUUAAUAGCUGUACCAAUAUGGGAUCUCGGCAGAGAGCACUUGGCAGUAGCAUCUUCAGUCGCAGUCACAUGUGAAAUGUUCAGAUAUGUAAUGAAAAUUCACGCUGUUGCUGUUUCAUGUAUACCUCGCUUCAGUGAUGAGAAAAUACCUCUUCCUACAUUCAAAAGUUACCUGUAUUUCUUGUUUGCACCAACACUAGUAUACAGAGACGAAUACCCCAGAACAAAGAAAAUUAGAUGGGGAAUAGUCCUGUUUCAUAUAUUGGAAGUAUUGGCCAUUAUAUUUUACAACAGUUUCCUGUGGGAGCGAUUUAUCCUACCUUAUUGGUCGGAUUAUGGAAAACAACCCAAAGUAGAGGCCGGAACCGUGGUUCGUAGCAUGUUUGCUUGUGUACUACCAGGAGUGAUAUCCUUUUUGGGUGGCUUUUAUUGUCUCCUUCAUGCAUGGCUUAAUGCUUUUGCGGAAUUACUUCGAUUUGGAGAUAGACUCUUCUAUGAGGACUGGUGGACUACAUCCCGGUUUUCAAAUUACUACAGAGCAUGGAAUUUGGUAGUCUACUCGUGGCUUCGAGAUCAUAUCUACAAGCCAGUUGCGCCCGCAACAGGAACUAUGCUUGCCACAUUUAUUGUGUUCUUUGCUUCAUCCGUGGCGCAUGAGGUAGUACUGGCGCUCUCAUUUGGGUUCUUCUACCCAGUUCUUUUAAUAGAAUUUGGUGUUUUUGGAGUUCUGUUGCUACCUCUCACAGAUGCUAUAGGUCGUCGAUUCCCCCACACCCUAAAUUUACUCAUGUGGGUGUCCUUUUUCUUUGGAAAUGGUCUAUUAUGGAGUUUGUAUCCAAUGGAAUACUUCGCUCGUCAGAACUGCCCACCUACGGAAAAUGACAGCUUUUUCGUACCAAAAUCGUGGUCGUGUCCGGAGAUCCAAUUAAAAGCCAAUUGGACAUUCCAAAAUCCAUUCGAUAUUUUACAUUAGUACUAUGUUAGGUAUAGAUCAAUUGAGCGUGAAAAUGUUAUCUCAGCGAUAAAAAUAAAAGAAAUUCUUACAUAUUUGUAUUCAC